UAAACCUCUUCGAAGAAGAAGCUCGAGGUCUGCAGGAACGCCUCGAAUUGCAGGCUGCAGUUGCACAUUAUUAUAUUUUUUGGCGGAAGGCAAAGACGGCCACACAACACUUGUUGAGCGUUUAGUUAGCUAGAACAUUUUUUUGUCGUGAAUUGUGAAACAAAGGUCUAAAUAGUGCAGUCCGGCAGUAGCAUACAACGAACGAGUUCAUCUGUGUGUGAGUCGUGGGACAGUCAGAAGCUGUCUGUCUAGCUACAUUUUGGUGGAGUGUAGAUGGCUUGCUAGUAGUUGUCAAAGCUAGCUUACUAUGAAUGGGAACGCUGUCGCUGUUUUGGCUGCAAUGAGCUUGAUACUUGGCUAAAAAAUUGCUAGAAGAAUAGUGAUAGGUAGCUACCUAACUGGGUUGCUUGCAUGGUCGCUUAAUGAUUUCGUAGCUAGCAGCACAGCAGAAACAUUCGAUUAACGUUAGAUAAAUAACUAGCUAGCUAGCCCGGUGGUUAGUAUGCUAGUCUAGCUAACGAUGUAAACAGCUAAUUUAGCUAGCUAGCUAACAUUUAUUAACUAGUUAACUUUGAGCAGAGGGUCAGUCCCUCUCAUUUGAGCACCGGAUCCUUUUACAUUAUGAAAAACUGUGAAUACCAGCAAAUCGACCCACGGGGACUUUCAACACCCUCGUCAACGCAACCCUGUAACGUUACCGAAAAGAAUGUGCAGAGCAGGCCUCGAAGAAAAUGGGAAGUAUUUCCAGGGAAAAAUCGCUUUUAUUGCGAUGGACGGAUUAUUCUGGCCAGACAAAGUGGUAUCCUGCCUCUGACACUCGGCCUUAUCAUUGUCACAAGUGGCCUUUUCUUUGCAUUCGACUGCCCAUUCCUGGUGACUCACCUGACCGUCUGCAUACCUGUGAUUGGUGGAGCGUUGUUUGUGUUUGUGGUCACCUCCCUACUGCAGACCAGCUUUACAGACCCUGGCAUCCUGCCUAGGGCCCUGCCAGAUGAGGCUGCAGACAUUGAGAAGCAGAUAGACACCUCAGGUUCCUCCACGUACCGCCCCCCUCCGCGCACUAAAGAAAUCCUCAUUAACCAGCAGGUGGUGAAGCUUAAGUAUUGCUUCACCUGCAAGAUGUUCCGCCCUCCUCGGACCUCACACUGCAGUAUGUGUGACAACUGUGUGGAGCGGUUCGAUCACCAUUGCCCGUGGGUGGGGAACUGUGUGGGCAAGCGCAACUACCGCUUCUUCUACAGCUUCAUAGUUUCUCUCUCCUUCCACACCUCCUUCAUCUUCGGUUGUGUCGUCACACACCUCAUGCUGCGAUCCCAAGGAGGGAAUGGCUUAGUCCUGGCCUUACAGGAGAGUCCUGCCAGUGUGGUUGAGCUAGUUAUUUGCUUCUUCUCCAUCUGGUCUAUUCUGGGCCUCUCAGGUUUCCAUACAUACUUGGUGGCCUUCAACCUCACAACAAAUGAAGAUAUAAAAGGCUCCUGGUCGAGUAAAAGAGGUGCAGAGGACUCUGGGAAUCCCUACACUUACGACAACAUCUUUACCAACUGCUGUGCAACGCUGUGUGGGCCCAUGCCCCCCAGUCUAAUUGACAGAAGAGGCUUUUUGACCCCUGAAGACAUUCCACCUGCUGUUGCAGUGGACAUGGAGCGUCCCCCUUUCCUGUCCAAGAAUGACACAAACAUGUGCACUCAGAGGACUAAGGACCUUCUGGAGAGGGUGAUCCGCUCUUUUGAGCUCCAGGGCCUGUGGCCCCCCGGCACCCCCAAGACCGUCCCUGGCCAGGAGUUGAGAGCCAGCCCAGAGUCCAGGUCCCCAGCCCCCUCCUCCUCCGCUGGGCCUCCCUCCACGGGCUGCUCAGGGUCCACCGAUGGUCCUCCCCCCUCAAGCUGCUCAGGGUCUGCUGAUGGGCCUCACCCCACCGGCUGCUCUAGGUCCGCCAAUGGGUUUCCCGCCACGGGCUGCUCUGGGUCUGCCAAUGGGCCUCCCCCAACGGGGUGCUCAGGGCGCCAGGCCUCGCCCAUGGAUUGUCCCCCUGUGAGCAGCAGCAAGAGACCCUCACUGCACUCCAACAACCCGGCCUUCCGCCUGGCCAGCCCCUCUCCCUCCUUCACCCACAAUACCAUCAUCCUGGGAGACGCUCCUGACAUGGGCUUCAUCCAACUGCACUGAGCACGCUCAGUGGCUCCAGUAGGACUGCUUAAGAGAACAUUCCCCUUCCACACAGCUCCCUGGAACUAAUUAGUGGCUACACUGCCUUGAACCUUUGCCAUCACAUUUUUUUUAAACCAUUAACUUUUUCAUGGAACUUACUGCGUCUUCUUCUAAACUCAGGACUUAAGCCAGUGUUUUCCCCUGUCCUGUUGGUGAUGCCUUAGCUGGUAAACAUUAUUUUCAUAGAAUGUUUUAUUCCUCAAAGGAAAGAUCAUCCUACAGGCAGAAAGUUAAACUUGGUAACACUGACAAGCACAAAUAGUUUCUAAAAGUUUAUACACUGAUUGAUAGAACAUUUGUUUCACAAAGCUUCAAGCCAUAUGUACUCACUUACUUGGCAGGUGUUCCAGCAUAGUUAACUAAGGAAGCAGCCUCUUUGCCUUUUUAUGUACUCUGUUCUAUUACCUCUUAUGCAAAUCAUUCAUACACACACCCUUAUUCUGCCAUAGGUGAGAGGGCUUUUGUUAGUGGAUAAGUAGGGCUUUGGUCUAACUGGCUUCCUAUGCUGUUUGUCUCAGCUGUAGUGAAAACACCCAAGGUCUCCCAGUGUAAAGGGCUCUGUGAAGUUACCUCGUUCUACUCUACUGACUUUUGGAUCGGCCAUGCCGUGGAUAUUGUUAUGUAUGUUUAGUCCUUGGCUGCAGUUGAGACAGUGACUCACUUUGAUUGGACGGGACAAGUGCUGUAGUGGGCUGUUUCCCAAGGUUGCUGACGACUGACAUCGUAAUCUGUUGAACCUCUUUUUCUUAGGCUGAAAAGGUGUUCAGAUUGAUUGUUAGAUUUAAACUCAGACUUGCUUUUGUAUAUUUAUUUGUCGCUGUGUUUAAGAGAUGGUGUCAGUGAGGCAGAGAGAGAGUGUAGGUGUAAAUGUAAAAAUGCUUGUGAAUUUAUUCUGGUAUUCUGUGUUUGAACUGACUGGGACUAGACUUUAUUGACUGUCCAAGCUAAAUGAACAUGUGCUUUAGGAGAAGAGUUCAUCGUGAGCUUGCAUUUUUGAUUGUCCUUUGAAUGUUCCUUUUACAUUUAUUCUCAUUUAAGCACUGAGACUUGAUCCAAAUACAAAUUCAAUACUGCCUGCUGAAUUUCUUCUGUCUUUUGGAGGCCAGUUAAUACAUUUGACACAAUGUUAACUGUUCAAUUAACUUGCUAGGGAUUUUGAAAUGUGAUGCCUGGUUUCCUCAUGUAUAUUUACUGUAAUGGCACAUGUUCAAACUGUUGUUUUUUUCGUAGUGAAGGUAGGAACAGAUGAAUGUGAUAUGUAACAGUUUACAUCAUGUUUGAAGCACAGAACUUCUAGAAGUGUAAGAUGAUACCGCUUGCAGGCAAUGCAAGUCGUCAUUUUGACUUGAAGUGACCUUUGCCUGUGCUGCUAGUGGCAUGAAACCAUAUCCCUUGGACUGGUCGUUUAUCAUAGACUACUAUCUGUAACAUGACAUUAGACUGAAGGUAAUGCUGUUGGCCACAAGGGGGCGUUAUCUACUUCCACAUAACACCAUUAGUACAUUCUAGAGCCCUUUAUAGACCAGAGCAAUUGAUGCCUACUUUUCUUUCAAUAUGCUUAAAUGAACUGCAUGUAGCGUGUGUGAUUGUGGAGGACUGUUGUGUGGUAGUCAACCAUUUGAAACCUAUAGCUAGGUCAGUUGAAUCAAAGAUGUUUAGCGCUCCUACAACUGGUAUUAUGACUAUAAGCUGUGCUUGUACUGUUAUGGGCUGUUUGAUUUUGUUUUGUAGUCUAGAUCAUUCCUGUGAGGAUUAAACGGAGGAACUGUACCAUUGCUCAUUAAAAGUCAUUAGCUUUCUA